AUGUUUACACUGAAAAUAUUAUUACACAAAUUUGGUGAUGAUAUGUGUCAACACAUAUUGUCUUAUCUGUCGGGCGAAGAGCGGUUCCGAUAUGAAAGUGUGUCCAAACAGUGGCAAAGAGUGGUAUACGAGACACAAACGGAGCUAAUAAUUGAUAAAUAUUUCAAAGAUAAAAGAAUUCUGAAAAAGUGUAAAAACAUCACAAGAAUCGCAAUCAAAGAAUUGCGAUACUUAACUGACGUCAUGUGUGGCAUAAUUAUAAGACAUUGCAAUCGUUUGAAUGAUUUAAGCAUUUGUUUCCCGAAAUGCGAUGAAAACGUUGUGUGGGAUAACGACGACGAGUUUGAAGAUCCCUAUUUAGAAGCAAUAUAUCUGCAGAGAACGAUAACUCCAUCAACAAGUAAAAAGUUUUUGGUAAAGUUUGCCCAACAAUUGCAAACAAUUAGUGUCGACCACUGGUUUGGAAAGUAUUGGAAUGAAUAUAAUGACUGGUUUUGGAGAGAUUUCGCAAAGAAGCUCAAUAAGUGCACUAAUUUGAGAUCUCUUAAGAUACAUAGUCGCGAGUCUUACUGGCAUUUGUUCAAUGGUUCCCAAAAUGAGUGUCUGUUUACACGUUUACAGACAAUCGAUGUCCGCAGCGAUGAGUGCGAUAUUAAGAGUUUUAACACGUUUGUCGACAACUAUAAAAGUGGUCUCAAAUUCAUGGCAAUCAGUGUCUCAGAUAAACAGCCGGUUCGGGAGCUAAUGAAUGGUAUGUCGCAAAUGAAAGCAUUAACACACGUCGAGAUUGACGACGGCUUUAUGGAAGACGUGUUGACACAAUUGGCCGUUCAUUGCCCUCAACUCAAGAGACUGACCAUUCAUGCGGUCCAUAGAUCUCAAAAAAUGGUCUUCAGUUACAUUGAGAUAAUUAAUGAAAACUUCAUACACUUGAAGAGACUUGAAAUGUUGGAUUGCGGCCGAAGACCUAUAUUAAGCGCCGGUCGACUCAAUCAAUGCAAACAAUUAACGCAUUUAUCGUACGAUUGUUUUGGCGACGACUCCUUUUUCACAUGCAUUUCAGACAAUUUGCCAAAACUUGAAUAUCUGAAAAUAAAGUGCGCGACAAUUACUGAUGCAGUAUUGGAUGGUUUGUCAAAAUUGCCAAAACUACAGACACUUGCACUUCACGGCAAUCAACACUACACACCCAUUGCUGUCAAGAAUUUCAUCGAUAAUUGCGCUAAAAUUAAACGCUUUAUUAUAAACAAAAAAAUUGUUUCAAUUCAUUCAAAUAAGAACCUAAGCGUUAAAUAUGAGCCCCAAUUGUCCGCUUACAACGCUUGUGAUGACUACGAGUCCAAUUGUGAGUACGACUACUCCGGCGACCUAUUGUCCGACUAUUCGGGCGAUUCCGAGUCCGACUACUCCGGCGACUACGAGUUUGACCACUACGAGCCGGACCACACCGCCGGCUUCGACUUCAACCACUCCGACGACUAG